AUGGACACACCGCUAGAACGGCGAAUUGACGACAUUCGACAAGGACUGCUGGCUAGUGAUGAAGGAGGAGGUAACGGUGGCGCCGAGGUCCUAGGUGAGUUGGUCACGUUUUACCACCAUGCAACCCCUCCAGAAGAUGGUUACCAGACCAUACGUGACUAUCUGGAUUAUCGAGGGAUUGAUGCUGCGACCAGCUACGUGUUGGCCGUCUGCAAAUUUUCCGUCGGCUCCUCCACAGACCUCCACAAUCCCGACCUCUAUGACUUUCUCAGCCACUACCGCGAUCACAUCGCCAUCUCCAACGACCUCGCCUCCUACGAAAUGGAGCGCCAGGGAUUCGAGUCGGGAAAAGCAACGGCCAUGAUCAAUGUAGUCGAAGUGAUAAUGCGUGUGGAGCGCGUAGACGUGGCACAAGCGAAAGCUCUGGCCUAUGCGUGGCAGCUUUACACAGAGGACGAAAUUCUGCGAGAGCUGAAGAAGUUGAAGGAGAGUACGGUUUUGGGGGACGAGGAUUGGAGAUUAGUGGAUGCUUGUUUGCUGGCUAACACGGGUAACGUGAUUGUGUGGGCUAUACUUGCUCGGUAUGGAGGUGAACAGGCUAGGAUUUGUUGA